AUGCUCGACCAAGCGGCAUGCGCACGGCGCAAGUCAGAAGUUCAGACAACGUUGCAACAACACAGUGAAAAUACGGUCACUCCACCUGGCGUGGAAGAGCUCAUUCGUCAAGCGUCACGCCAUACGUCGGCGACAUGGGCCACCGGUCCCAAGGCGAAAACGCCCACUGAACUCGAAUGCCGCAAGGCUCUUCGAGAGAGGUACUUAGAACCUGCUAUGAUGACUCUGAGUCAAUACAGAGAACGGCUGCAAAAGCAGGCCCAAGGAACACCGGUUCCACAAAUUAGGGAUAUAACCAUCACAAUGUCCGAAGAUGGAAAUGAAACUGCGGAGGACGAUGUGUUCAUCCGCUGGGUGCAUGGCGUUCGACGCCUCAGUAGCAUGCACGCGCUACGCGAAAGUGCCAGUGAGGCAGACGCUCGUCUAGAGCGAAAGCUUCGCAAUGUCUUCGCGAAGUUUAAGGCCAGAGGCCGUCUGCGAGGAGUAUUACGCUCCCGAUAUGCUUUGGCUGCCUCUGCAGCCGCGAGUUCACGUCAAUCUUCUGACACGAACUCGCCCGCUCUCGCUCUGAUAGUGAGAAGUGUGGUACUUUUUAAGACGGGCCUGACCGUGGCGCUCAAAAACGUCCACGGCGUAUGGGCAGUCUUGCCGAAGGGGAAUCUCAUACUCCCAUGA